AUGACAUCAUUCAAACGAACCGCCGACUACCUCGAUGACUUUGAAUAUGCCGCCGACCUCGACGACCCCUUCUCGUCUCAAUCUUAUUCCUCACAGCAGUCACACAGCUUCGAUGACGGCUCAUCACCAGAUCUCGAUGUUGGUGCUCGUGAUUGGAACCAUGUCUGGAACGAAUUAAUUGGAGAUCCAAGCUACCAGUCCGGCAUCUACUAUGCGGACGAGGACCUCACAGCAAACAAUUUCUUUCCUGCUAUCCACAAUGUGCAGGACAACAUCGAAUCUUUGUUAGUGAAAGACUUUGGAAUACCUCUCUUUGAAAAUGCAGAUGGACUGCAAAUAGACCAGGGAGACACGGUCGGUCAGCCGCAAAACGAUUUCAAUCGGUGCUAUGGCAUGAUUCACCGUGCCAAAUCUAAGCUUCAGGGGGUUAUGUCAGACGUGUCACGAGCUCUGAGGGAACAGGGAUGUCAGGCUGGGACACAUUUUAUCCUGGACGUUAUUUGCGUUCACGAUGAGCUUUAUGUCUGCAUUCCAGGUGGCAUGCGGAUUGCAAAUCUCAACGUCCACUUGACCGUAGCACUGGUGGAGCAGGUCAAAGCACGAACGAUCCGACUUGAAGCUCUCGUCCACCGAAGGACGAUAUUCGAAGAUAUCGGAGCUGCCACAAAAGCAAAGGAGGCGGUCACAACCAUCAAUAUUAACGUCUAUGGGACUGAAGAAUCACAAGACUCCGUUGGACGCCAUUUAUCUGUGAAUAAAAUAUGGCUACAACGACCUGAUUGGAUAAGGCCGAAUUCUACAUAUGACAAUCCGCACGUCUUCAAGUUUGGCACGGGCCAGCAUCAGAGUGAACUGGAGAUACCUAGCCAAAUUCAACAGACCUCUGGAACUUCAGAAUUCCAAGGCUCGGUUGAGCAGAUGUACUCGAUGCUGACGCGCGACUCGCAUCUCAAGGGCUUAGCUGGUGAUGCUCGCCUUCGCACCCCGCUUCUUCACCACCAGGAGAAGGCGCUUGAUUUCAUGAUACAACGAGAGACAGGUCCUAUUGCAGUGGAAUUUCAGCUAUGGGAGGCCACAACUGUUGAAACGGAGCCCUGGUACCGCCACAAAAUCACAGGGAUACGAUCUCGGACUGUCCCAGCUGAAGAAGGUGGUGGGAUUUUGGCCGAUGAAAUGGGCAUGGGGAAAACCCUCUCGAUGUUGGCUUUGAUUGUUCGGACUCUGGAUGAGGCAACGAAGUGGUCGAACGAACCUGAUGUUCACAUUGCAGAGGAAAUCCUGCCCACCAAAAUUCUUUCGAGGGCGACAUUGGUUGUUGUGCCCUCUCCACUACUACUGGAUACUUGGGAAGGUGAGAUCCUGAGUCACGUCAACCUGCCAUUGAAGAUCCUGAAGUAUCACGGCUCUGCGAGAACCAAUGACCCGAGAGUCAUGGCCGAUUCCGACAUUGUCUUGACCACUUACCAUACGAUCAUCGCCGACAAGCACAGAUCGGAUCCUGCCACCGAGAUCGCUUGGUAUCGCAUCGUCCUGGACGAGGCACACUUCAUCCGGAGAAAUUCCACCUUUCUACACAAAGGAGUUGCCGAGCUCGACGCAAAAUUUCGCUGGUGUCUGACCGGCACGCCUAUACAAAACACCCUGGAUGACAUCGGCUCACUGUUCGCUUUCAUCAAGAUCUUUCCGUUUGACAGACUGGGAGUCUUCCGCAAAUACAUCACGGCCCCGUUCAACGAAGGGGGAAUUCGGCGCCUGGAGGGCCAACAGAAUCUGGUCCGACUGUUCGAUUCAAUCUGCAUCCGACGUACCAAGGAACAUCUGAACUUAACUGUCCCUGUUGAGACGCCACGCAAAGUCUGGUUUUCUCCUGAAGAGCGCGAGCAGUACAAAAAGACGAAGGAGGACAUGAAACGAGCAUUGCAGCAUCUCGUAGGGGCAUCCGAGAGCCGGAGCAGAUUCAGCAUGUUCCAAGCUCAGCUACAACUACGACUCCUCUGCAACCACGGGACUUUCCAGCAUCAGUUCCACUGGGCCAGAAGUAGGAACACCCGGGAUGCUAGAGAAGAUGCGCUAACCUCUGCGGGCACCGACGGCGAGGUCAAGUGUUCGGCCUGUGAACAGACUGUGCACGCGAUGCUCUCCAACCGGGCCUCCGGCCUGUCCGACCAGUGUGCACAUGUUUUGUGCGCAGAGUGCAAAGAGGGCACAGGCGACGGCUGUCCUGUGUGUGAGGCGACAUUCCGACCUCUGAAACAUCACCGCCACCACACAACCGCCGGAGAGAUAUCACAGUCGCGCUUACACGAAGGCGGCCUCCGCCCCAAGGGUUACUCGUCGAAAAUGGUCGCCCUGACCGAAGACCUGACGAGCGCCGCCGCCGCCGGCGACAAGAGCAUCGUCUUUUCGUGCUGGACGACAACGCUGGACCUGAUCGGCCAGCAUCUGCACGCGGCGGGGAUCGCGUUCGCGCGCAUCGACGGCGAGCACUCGGUCGAGCACCGGCAAGCCGUGCUGGCAUGCUUCGAGAGGGAUCCGUGCAUCCCCGUACUGAUCAUGACCACGGGCGUGGGCGCCUUCGGUCUGAGCAUCAUCGUCGCGAACCGCGUCUUCCUCGUCGAGCCGCAGUGGAACCCCAGUGUCGAGGCCCAGGCCAUCGGCCGCACCAUCCGCAUCGGCCAGCAGAAGGCCGUCGUGGUCACGCGCUACGUCGUCGAGAACUCGGUCGAGGAAGACAUCCAGGUGCUACAGCAGCGCAAGCGCGGCAUCGCAAAGAUGACCACCAAAGACCUGAAGCCGGCGCUGGCGGACACGUACAUCAAGUCUGAGUACAGGGCGUUCGAUUGA